AAUAUGAGACUUAACGUGUUCGCCUUCCGGAAAAUUUUCUAGUUACUAAUUUCCACGUAGAAAGCCCGAGUUCGAGAUACGAAAAAACGUGUAGGGUAAGAGACCCUGCAGCAUCGUGGCACUUGCUGCAAGAUACCCGGCAUCCGAACCCCACUUUUGGUUGCGCUGCGAGUUUGCGACCGCCAACCGAUUCAGCACACAUAUAUCCGGCCCGUUCAACAUCAACUUCUCUUCUUCAGCCCUCUCUCUCCCUUAUCUCCCCGUCCGUCCUUCAUCCCCUUUACUCACCACCACCAUGUCCGCCCAACGUAUGGCUCCCCUGGUCUUCCCGGCUGCGUCCCGGCACACGGCUACCGUCAUCUUUGUCCACGGCCUGGGCGAUACGGGCAACGGUUGGGCCUCGGCCGUUGAGAAUUGGCGUCGACGACAGCGGCUGGAUGAGGUCAAGUUCAUCCUGCCUCAUGCUCCCAGAAUCCCCAUCACCGUCAAUGGAGGCAUGAGGAUGCCGGGAUGGUUCGACGUGGUUGCUCUUGGCGGUGAUGCUAACACCCUCAUUCGCAACGAGGAUACUGAGGGCAUCAAGCUCAGCCAGAAGUACUUCCACAACCUGAUCCAAGAGGAGAUCGACUCCGGCAUCCCUUCGGACCGCAUCGUCCUUGGCGGCUUCUCCCAGGGCGGCGCCAUGUCCCUAUUAUCCGGCCUGACUUUCUCGGCCAAGCUGGCUGGUAUCGUGGGCCUCUCGGCCUGGUUGCUGAUGUCCCAGCAAUUCUCUAACAUGGUCACGGUUGAUGAUGCCAACCACAAGACGCCCGUCAUCAUGCACCACGGCGACCAGGACCCUAUCGUUCCCACCAGCCGUGGCAAGCUGAGCGCAGACAAGCUCAAGGAGCUUGGAUACGACGUCUCGUGGACGACUUACCCCGGUAUGGGCCACUCCGCCUGCUUGGAGGAGCUUGAUGCAGUGGAGGUUUUCUUGAGGGAGAGACUCCCCCCUGCUGGAGAGACUGCAACCCGGGAGCGAGAGUUGUAAAUGAUGAGAUGUGACCUGCUUAUAUAUGGCCCAUUUGGGGUGCAUCAGGCUCUGCCCUAUUAGAGAUUAGACAGCUGGCGUAGGAGCCCUCACUCACAUGAAAGAGACACUUUCAUCCUCAAGGGCACAGUAUGCUUCGGCAUCACAUUGUACAUCCACGAGUCAGACUGCAGACCAAUCAUGACGUGCAUCCGCGAUUGCCGCGUGGCACCCAUCUUACAUGGUGCCCCGUGAUGCGGCGGGACAUGUCGGUAGAGGCCAUGUCUUCCCUUAGCAG